CAACAACGUCCUUUCCUCAUCAAACUCCUUAAUUCAUUCUCAACGAUCUCGUUCAAAGCCUCUCUCCAGAUCUUCUUCCAUCCCCGAUUAUCUUAGCAAUGGCGCCGAAGGCCGAGAAGAAACCCGCCGAGAAAAAGCCCGUCGCCGAGAAGGCCCCAGCCGCCGCCGAAAAGAGGCCGAAAGCCGAGAAGAAAAUCGCCAAAGAGAGUGGCGAUAAAAAGAAGAAGAGGACCAAGAAGAGCACCGAGACCUACAAGAUCUACAUUUUCAAGGUGCUCAAACAGGUUCAUCCUGAUAUCGGAAUCUCAAGCAAGGCCAUGGGUAUUAUGAACAGUUUUAUCAACGAUAUAUUCGAGAAAUUGGCGCAAGAAGCGUCUCGUCUCGCGAGAUACAACAAGAAACCCACCAUUACAUCUCGGGAGAUCCAGACGGCCGUGAGAUUGGUCUUGCCUGGUGAGCUGGCCAAGCACGCCGUCUCAGAGGGCACCAAGGCCGUGACGAAGUUUACAAGUUCUUAAUCUUGUUUAGUUCGAUGGGUGUUUCAUUUUCUUAGAUCAGAUCUUGUUUUGGCCAUUGAUGCAAACUUUUAAUGCUUUUUAAUGCACAGAUUAAUGAAAAUUUCGAUUUCCCCAAA